AUGGAUGAAUUGUGUGAUAAAAUGACUGUAAUUAAUCUUACACCUCAUAUUGUUACAAAUUAUGAACAACUAGAAUUAUUGUUAGAAUCAAAACCUGAAAAAGUAUUUGAAUUUCUAAUUAAUAAUGAUAAUUUCAAACGCACAUUGAAUAAAUGUGUAGAUAUUACAGUACUCAUACAUUUGAUGAAUAUAUUUUCAAAAAUUAAAUCAUUGGAAUUAAUUCAAAUAAAAUCUACUGUUUUAGAAAUGGUUUCCAAUUCAAAAUAUUUGGAACAUUUAAAUAAUUCUCUAAUUUAUGUUACUAAACUUAAAGAUUUAAUUAGCAGGGUUAAAUUACAAGAAUUUGUCAUUAAUUGUAAAACUAUAUUAGAACUUACUACAAAUCCAAAAUCAAAAACACUACUUAAUGAAAUAAUCAAACAUAUACAACCCAUAUUAAUUGAAUCAAAUUCAAUAGAUAUUCAAAAAUUAUUGUUGAUAGAUGAUGAUUUGAAGACUAAAAAUAUGUUGAAAAAUGUUGUACAUUAUGAUGUUAAAAGGUGGCCACAAUGUUAUAAAUCCCUAUCUAUUUACCCUGUAAUCAAAGAUAUUACUACAAAAAAAGUAAUUUUGAGUCCAAAUAUAAUUAAAGGAAGUUAUGAUAAUGUAGAGCAUUACAUUGAUGUACAAUUUCGUUUACUUCGUGAAGAUAUUUUAGCUCCAAUGAGAGAAGGUAUUCAGUCUUAUAGAACAAUGAACAAAAUUGACCAAAAAUGUGUUACAAAAAUGCCAAAUAUGCAUGUUUAUUUUGGGGCAAAGAUAACAAAAAGGGAUAAGGAUAAAGAAACUUUUUUAGUUAAUUUUUUCACUAAAGAAGAUUGCUCAAUUAAUUCAAAAAGAUUUAUGUUUAAUUCACUAUUAGUAUUUAGUAAUGAUAAUUUUGAUUCUAUGUUUUUUGCUACAAUUAUAAAAAUGAAUCGGAAAAUAUUAUUACCAAUAAAAACAAUAGUUAUUCAACCAUUGGGUAAUAAAAUAUCAAUUAAAUUAAAUUCUUCUUAUACUAUGGCAGAAUCUGAUGCAUAUUUUUUACCUUACAUGUACAGUAUGGAUGUUUUGAAAACAUUUAACCUUUAUAAUUUUCCUAUGAAAUCUUACAUUGUGUAUGGAAAAAGUAAAUCUAAAGUUCCAGCAUACUUAAAAUGUAAUUCACAAAUAUAUAAUAUUAAUGGUUUGCAGUUUGAUAUCUUAAAUGAUGAACUUUGGCCAGAUAACAAGGUUUUAGGACUUGACUGUGCUCAAAAAAAAGCAUUUAAAGCAGCAUUAACUGAAGAAUUUACUGUAAUUCAAGGACCUCCUGGUACUGGUAAAACAUAUAUUGGUCUUAGAAUAGCCAGAAGUAUUAUAGAAAAUAUGUAUGAAACAAAUAAACUUAAAAGACCAAUUGUAGUUGUGUGUUAUACAAAUCAUGCUUUAGAUCAAUUUCUUGAAGGUUUAAUUAAUAUCACUAAAAAUAUUAUAAGAAUUGGUGGUGGAUGUAAAUCUAUUGUUUUAAAAUCUCAUAUACUAGCAAAUAUUCAUAAUCCUACAGCAAAAUUAAAUUUGAGGAAUUCAUAUGUAGUAGGUCUUACUACUACUGGAGCUGCUAUGAGACAUUCUGUGUUAUUGGAUCUAAAACCCCCUAUAGUUAUUGUGGAAGAAGCUGCUGAAGUCUUAGAAUCCCACAUAGUUGUAUCCUUAACUGAAUCUUGUCAACAUUUAAUUUUAAUUGGCGAUCAUCAACAAUUACGUCCAAGAAAUGCAUCUUUUACACUUGCAAAACGGUUUAAUUUUGAUAUUUCAUUAUUUGAACGAAUGGUAAAAAAUGGAUUUCCCUGUUACACCUUAGCCACGCAACAUCGAAUGCGACCUGAAAUUUCUGCUUUAAUGAAACCUAUUUAUCCUUUUUUAAUGGAUCAUAAAUCAGUUAACCAUAGAAGUAAUAUUAGUGGUGUUACUAAGAAUAUAUAUUUUAUCCACCACAAAGUACCUGAAGAGAAAGAAAUCGGUUCUAACAGUCACAAAAAUAUUCAUGAAGUAAAAUUUUUUAUAGAAUUUGCCAGAUAUCUGAUAAGUCAAGGUUAUCGACAAAAUCAAAUUACUAUACUAGUUACUUAUCGAGAUCAGCUAUUAGAAUUUCAAAAGAUUCAAGAAACAAGUUUUUUCUUAGAAGAUUUUAGAAUUGAAUGUGUAGAUGGCUACCAGGGCGAAGAAAAUGAUAUUGUUCUGUUGUCUCUAGUGCGCAGCAACAUUGAUAAUAAUAUUGGGUUUUUACACAUUCAAAAUCGUAUUUGUGUUGCCUUAUCUAGAGCUAGAGAUGGAUUAUACAUCAUGGGAAAUAUGGAUAAUCUUAUACAUUCAUCGAUUUGGAAAAAAAUCAGUCAAACACUAGUUGAUCAACAAGCUCUUGGUAAUAAAUUGACUUUAUAUUGUCAAAUUCAUAAAGAUUGGAUUAACACAGUUUGCGAUAGUAAGGAUUUUGUCAAAGCACGUUGUUUAAAAGUAUGCAACAUUAAAAUGGAUUGUGGUCAUCACUGUCCAUAUUUUUGCCAUUAUAAUGAUCAAUCUCAUAAAACCUUAUAUUGUUGUAAAAAGAAUUAUACAAAAAUAUUACACUGUGGUUUCCAAAUCAAAAUAGAAUGCUGGAUGAGAUUUUUGACUUUUGAAUGUCCUCAGAGUCCUCCUAUGUCGAUAAGGUACUUAUCUACAUUAAGAAAAUCUAAAAAGCUUAUAUUAUAAUUUACCAAUCUUGUUUAAAUAGUAGUAUAUAAUUCAUCAUAGACGUAUCAUCGAUAUAUUAAAUAUAUUAAAUUGAAACUGUUGUUAAUUUAUGAAAUAAAAAGUAUC